GAGCCGGCGCCGCAGCCACCGAGCCUCGUCCUCCGACCGCCCCGCGCCCCGCGUUCACCAUGAAGACACCUGGCGAGGUACUGCGCGAGGGCGAGCUGGAGAAGCGCAGCGACAGCCUGUUCCAGCUGUGGAAGAAGAAGCGCGGCGUGCUGACGCCCGACCGUCUGAGCCUCUUCCCCGCCGGGCCCGGCGCGCGGCCCAAGGAGCUGCGCUUCCACUCCAUCCUCAAAGUGGACUGCGUAGAGCGCACGGGCAAGUACGUCUACUUCACCAUCGUCACCACCGACCGCAAGGAGAUCGACUUCCGCUGCGCCGGCGAGAGCUGCUGGAACGCGGCCAUCACGCUGGCGCUCAUCGACUUUCAGAACCGCCGCGCCCUGCAGGCCUUCCACAGCCGCCAGGAGCGCGCGGCCCCCGCGCCCGCCGAGCCCCGCGCGCCUUGAGCCGCCGGUGAGGGCGCCCGCCUGGCCGCUUCAGCUCCACACGUCGGGAGAGCCCUGCCCUCCGUGGGAGCGCCCCAGAGAACCCGGCGGGGCCUUGGGGGACCCGCAGCCCAGCGCCGACCCUCCGCGCCUCUGGCUCCCGCCCCGCUGCUGACCCCCCUCUCCCCACAGGAGCCCGAAACUGGGCGAGUCGGGCCGGAGCCCGCUGCCUGGCCGCGAGCAGGAGCCGAGGGGGCCGGGACGGCGGAAACACGGCGGCCGCCCACCGCCGAAGCCGCCGGAAGGAGGACUGUCCAGUGCCGAGCCGCGAGCCGCGAGCCUCGCCCCGCUGCGCGGGCGCGUUAAAUUAUUCAUACGUUUAUCUAUUUAUUUUUAUGGUUAUUUGUCGUCAAAGUGGUCUUAGUGUUUUGUUUUUGCAUCAAUGUGUCCAUUCCAAAUAAAUAACCUGACCUGUUCCAUUUUCUACCA